AAAGCAACACGUGGUCAAUGGAGGUUACCUAGCAACAAGUCAAAGCAAAAAUGCCCGGGGAACAUUCUAGCUAACGUUAGGUUGGCUAAUAUUAGAUAUUCAACAACUUUUAAACCAUACAAAGAGACAUUGUAAACAUGGAAGACACUGAGUACCCCGAAGAGAGCAUCUAUAAUUUUUUAGCGGAGCAGGUUCACAGUGAAAAAGCAAAAAUGUACACGUCUAAGUACAGGCCCAGACUUAUCCUUGAGGAGAGGUUGAGCAAGAGUACAAUGAAAACGAUGGGACCGGCAAAAGUUGAUGUCCCGUCUCCGGAUAAAUACCUCAAGAAGCAUUCCAAAGAAGUACAACUGCCUGAAAAAAAAGAGUGUUCUCGCAAGUUCGUCUCAAAAAAACCCCCCGUCCCCUUGAGGACAGAACGCCCGCCUAUGGGCGUCCACACUAAGAAGAACUUCAUGACGACAACUGUAGCGGCGACCGUGAAACCGCAGCCUGCUUGUGUUGACAGCAGCCGAGGUCACAGGGAGCUCCUUGAAAAUUCCGGACUGGUGCCCAAAUACAGCAAGAAAAAGGAUUAUGGCGAGGUGCCCGGGUACUUGCAGCAUCGCAGUGAGGAGGAGCAGUGCGCCGUGGACGAGUACAACAAGUAUCUGUCGGAGCAGAUGGAUCAGGGGUCCAUGACGCAGCUGUCCGAUGAGGAGCGGCAGAUCAACCUGCAGCGCCUGAAGAGCAACUGGGCCGAGCUGCAUCAGGAGUACCAGCGCCUCCCGGUCCUCAUCGACACCAUGGCGAGGAAGGCCCGCAAGCUGCAACUGGAGGCGGAGAUGAAGCAGCUGGAGAGCGACAUUGGCCUCUUCGAGAAGUUCAAGACCAUCUACAUCGCCAAAUAGAAUCACGCGUCAUAGACUGCCACCUGGUCCUGCACAGUAUCGUAUAUUUUACUACAGUAUUUCUUAUGGAGAAAAAUGGAUACACUUUAGAGUAGUCAGUGUACAGCUUGUAUAGAAGUGUAGAUUUAUGUUGCGAUCGAGCCGAUUCAAGCAAAUUCAACUUGGGUUUGUUUCUUGUGUAGACAAAGCAUAAACGCUAAAAUGUGACAAUGUUUCAACUCUUUAUUGCUCAAACGGCACAAUUUUAGCUCAGACCUACUUCCUGUUCCUG